AGCUCAGUUGGAAUGAAAACCAGCAGACACAGCGGGGGAGAGAGGGGGCAGGACCAGGACCAGGGCUGAGAACCACAGCUCUAGGGUAACAGCAGUUACUUUGGGCUCGUUGCAAUUUAUAAUAUGUCUACUAGUUUACCGUCCUAUUAAUGUAAACAAAACCUGGAUAAGGACGUCUAUUAGGAAGUAUAUAAUAAUAAUAAUAAUAAUAAUAAUAAUAAUAAUAAUAAUGCAGCUACCUCGCCUCUAUCCUACAAAGGUAGUGUAUCUCACGUGAUUCACUGAAUCGCUAAAUAUUAUGUCACGUGAUCGUGCGUAAGGUGUCCUCGUUUAGUGCGUGCUUGAGCGUCAGCAGUACUGAUCACGUGACAUUGUGUGUGUACGCGGCGGAGUUGGGUGUGAAGAUGGCGGACGAGGAGGCCGAGCAGGACCACAGCACUGAGAUCGGCAGCGCCGACGCGAUUGGGGCGCUCAGAGAACGGCUGCAAGAGCUGGCCACCGAGCUGACGGAGAGUCGGGAACCUGCCAUGCAUUCCGCUUCCCAGUACUGCCAGAAAUUCUGCCAGACUCUUGUAGAAUAUGCAGGCAGGUGGAAGAUCUCGGAGGACCCUCUGCCGCUAGUCCAGGUUUACAUGGUAGCCAUAUUAAGCUAUGCUGAAGCUCGACACCAGCUUUCCUCAGAGUGUGACAAUGUAAGCCUUGUACUUGAGCGGUUAGCACUGAGCUGUGUUGAGCUUUUGCUGUCACUACCAGAAGAAACCCCAACUCAUUUCUGGAAGGAGUUCCAGACUGCAGUUCAGACAGCCCAUAAUCUACUACUGGAGAAUGGAAACGCUGAACUCCAGAUGCUCUGUGCCAUUGCUCAGGAGAGUGGUGUGUGGACAAACUCAGCACUGCAAUGCAUUCUCUCAAAGGAAGCACCACAAGUGGAAACAGUAAAUGAGUUUCUUAGGUUGGAGGGUCCUGUUCUACUAGAGAUGCGCAUCAAGCACCUUAUCAAAGAGAAGCACGUAGAAAAGGCAGCAUCACUAGCAAAGGCCUGUUCCGACCAUCUCGAGUUCAGGGCAAAGAGCAGUUUCAAACAGACCUACCUGGUCUGUCUUACUGCUGUAGCUCAACAGGAACAGCUUAUGCAGGAGAUUUCAGAAGUUGACUGUAAGGAUGCGCUAGAGAUGAUCUGUAACCUUGAGUCGGACGGGGAUGAAAAAGCUGCUCUCGCCUUGUGCACAGCAUUUCUAACUCGACAGCUGCUGCAAGGAGAUAUGUAUUGUGCCUGGGAGCUUACACUGUUUUGGAGUAAACUGCAGCAAAGGACGGAACCCUCUACGCAAGUGUUUCUUGACCAUUGUCGUCAGCUAUCCCAACUUUCAAAAAACGUGUAUCACAUUUUCUUUCUGAUCAAGGUCAUUCAGUCAGAGGUGGAAGACGUGGGACUUGCAGUUUGUAUAGAGCUCUGUAUUCAAGCACUACGAAUGGAGUCAAGUGAAUAUCCAAAUAUCAAAGCCACCAUUUGUAAAACCAUCUCCUGUUUGUUGCCCGAUGACUUGGAAGUGAAGCGAGCUUGCCAGCUUACUGAAUUCCUCCUGGAGCCAACAGUUGAGUCCUAUUAUGCUGUAGAGACAUUGUACAAUGAGCCAGACCAGAAGUUUGAGGUAGACAAUCUUCCAGUGCCCAAUUCACUGCGCUGUGAACUUCUGCUAGUGUUUAAAACGCAAUGGCCCUUCGACCCUGAAUUCUGGGACUGGAAGACUCUGAAGCGCCACUGUCUGGAGUUGAUGGGAGAGGAAGCCUCCAUUGUAUCUUCAAUAGAUGAGCUCAAUGACAGUGAGGCUUUUGAGCAGCUCGAGGACAAAAGUGGGGGCAAAGUUCAGGUAGAAGAGUUUGGUGGACUUGCAGAUUGUUUUUAUGAUACAACAAAUGUGCUUAAUGAAAUGGUUGAUGAAAAACAGAAAAAGAGGGAAAUAAAGAAGUUGAGAGAGAAAGGGUUUAUAUCGGCUAGGUUUAGAAACUGGCAGGCUUACAUGCAGUACUGUGUAUUGUGUGAUAAAGAGUUCCUUGGUCACAGGAUAGUACGGCAUGCACAGAAGCAUGUCAAGGAUGGGGUUUAUAGUUGUCCAAUAUGUGGGGAGAAUUUUGAUAAAAAAGAGCUAUUUGUCCCACAUGUAACAUCUCAUGUAAAGCAAUCCUGCAAAGAAAGACUUGCUGCAAUGAAACAGAGUAGGACGCUGGGAAAACCUACCAAACUGCCCAAUUCGAAUACUGCUCAUCAGAAAGUUAAAGUUGCUGCUGACAAACCGGACAAUAGGCCAAAGAAGAAAAACAGCCCCCAUUCCCAUGAUAUUGUGGUCUUUAAUGACAAGGAUGCAUCUGAGGGUGACGGAAAAGGUCAACGUUCUAAACCUGACCUCUCUGUACAUAGGGUGGAAUACAGAGAGGAAUACACGUGUCCUGUUACAAACUGUCGAAAGGGAUUCAAGUACUUCAAAAACCUGAUAGCCCAUGUAAGGGGCCAUAAAAACAGUGAAGAGGCUAAACGUUUUCUUGAAAUGCAAAGCAAAAAGGUGGUUUGUCAGUACUGUCGUCGGCAGUUUGUCAGCGUCGCCCAUCUCAAUGAUCAUUUACAAAUGCACUGUGGUGUAAAACCAUACAUCUGCAUACAGUUGCAUUGUAAGUCAAGUUUCCUCACUAAUUCAGAGCUGUUGGUACACAGGAAAGAGCAUGCUGUAUUUAAAGCUAAAUGCAUGUUUCCAGACUGUGGAAGAAUAUUUUAUGAAGCCUACAUGCUGUAUGAUCACGAAGCUCAGCACUACAAUACAUUCACAUGUAAAUUUCCUGCUUGUGGUAAAAUAUUUCAUUCCCAAUCCAAGUUGGAUUUGCACCAGGAAGAUCACAUUGCACAGCAAAAGACUCCCUGUAAUGAAGACCAAGCUGCUAUACAGGACCCAGACCUGACUGAAUUACCAGAUAAAAAUUCUACUCCGUUACUGGAUCAGGGUCCAUGCCAUACUCCAUUACCAGAACCCAAUUUGUCAAAAUUAAUAGAUCCAAACCAGAUUAAAUUGGAAUUACCAGAUCCAGAUCCAACCCAAUUUAAAUUGGAGUUACCAGAUCCAAGUCAGUCACAGUUACCGCAUUCAAACCAAAUUACGCUCCCAGAUCCAACCCAAACCCAAAGUGAAUUAGAAAUACCAUGUCCAAACCUGACUCCUUUACAGGAUCCAACUCCAGUAAUGAAUAAUUGCCCACAAGGUGUCCAAGUAAAUGUUGAACAGAAAGGAACAGUAGCUAGAAUAGAUUGUGAAGACAGCAUCCAUGUCUGUGGAAGUUCUCAAAACAGUCUGCCUGUUAUGGGAGUCCGCAGUGAUGUAUGUGUUCCAGCUUCAUGUGAACAUCUAGAACCGCAGCCUUUGCAACAGCCACCACUGCAUCAAAAUGGUCUACCAGCAGAGUUAAAGGAAAGCCAGCUACCUGACAUGCUUACUGGUGCUCUGGAGGAAAAGCCAACCGAACUGCUUCCUGUAAAAAUAGAAGCUCCAAGCAAUGAAGAGAUUAUGCCAGAGCAGCCACCAAAACCGACAGGUGAUGUUGUACCCAACUGUAGUGCUUUAUCAGUGAAGGUGCCUGAUGGCAAAAACAUACUUUCUCCGUCAGUCCAUCCUCAAGCUGCAACUGAGAGACAAGUGAAUGUGACAAGUCAAGUCAAAGUGGUGGAGAGAUUUAGCUGCACGUUUGAGACCUGUACUCGGAACUACAGUUCAUCAAGGAGCGUCAGUAAACACAUGAAGGCAGUACACCCUGAAUACCAUGCUGCACUGAAGCUGGCUCGGAAAAGCAAAUCGCUCCGAAAAAAUAACAGAAAAAGCGCUCUUCAAACACAAAAAGACAAAACACAAGGUAUGAAGACUCAAACCCCGCUGUUACCUUACCAAACUGGAAAUGUUGCAGCUACUGUAUCAACCCCAGCCUUUUCUUCUCAUUCUGGAACCCUCACAACUCAAGUUUUCCCCACCCAAAUAGAAAACGCUGUAAAUCCAAUCCUGUUGUCACAAAUGGCAGAGGUUUCAAAUCAGAUGUUACCCUUGCAACAGGAACGUGGAGCUAACCCUCUUCUAUCUUUACAAAUGGGCAGCGGUCUUAACCUGUCUCUCCUGUCCCAUAAAGGACAUUCAUCAGAGCUACCAAUACAUUUACAAGCACUCGCCAGUCAAGUUUCUUCACAAAUCACUGCAACAAAUCCAGUCCUCUCUCCACAGAGACCUCGAGGCAAUACAAAUCUAGUUGUAAAUUCACAAGCCAGUGUCAUAAAUCCAGCUUUGUUUUCAGAGAUGCAAAGUAGUGCAAACCUUAUUUUGCCUUCAGAAGCUGAAAGUAAUUGCCUUCCGGUUUUGCCUUCUCGUUUGGAAAAUAGUACAGAUCCCAUUCUACCCACUCGGUUAACUGAUGGUACAAAUUCAGUUAUGUCUCAUCACGUUGACAGUAAUGCACAUUCAGUGCCACCUUCUCAUCACAUUGACAAUAGUGCACAUUUAGUCCAUCCUGCUCAAGUACAAAAAAGUGCAGAUUCACUUUUGCCUUUACAGAUAGAUUGUGGCUCACAUAUAGGGGCACCACCUACACGAGGAGAAAGUCCCCAUAUAGCUUAUUCAGCUAUGGGAAGUAAUAAUAACCCACAUGUACCAUCACAAGUUGACAAUGUAACAAAUAUUGUGUUGUCCCAAGUGGAUCCCUCCAAUCCUAAUUUGCCUUCCAAUAUGGAAGGUCUAAGUAAUGCCUUGUUGCCUUCACUUAUGGAUAGGGCAACACAUCCGCUGUUACCUUCAAAUCUGGAAAGCUUCAAAAAUGCAGGUCGACUAGAAACUGCCGUGAAUCCUCUCUUUCUGCCACAGAUAGAUGCCCGUUCAUUCACUGAUUUCUCCUCUCAAGCAAAAAGAGUGGCUAAUCCCCAAGUGGAAAAUGUCAUGAAGUCAGUUUUUACUUCCCAACCAGAAUCCGCACAGACUGCCACUACUGUCCAGCCACUCUGUGCGAGUCCACCUAAACUUGAAGUUAAAAGGACCAGCAAGAGAACAAAGUGGCCAGCUAUUGUUAGGGAUGGUAAAUUCAUCUGCAGUAGGUGUUAUAGAGAAUUUACUAGCCCCAAUUCACUUGGUGGUCAUCUCUCAAAGCGUUCUAAUUGUAAACUAUUUGAUGAAAUGGAAACUCCUGCUGCACUUCAGCAGGUUGGCUCGUCCUCGUUCAUUGCUAAUCCGAUUAAUUCAUCCAGUGUGCUAAAUGUGCAGCAGAAACAGCUGUCUUCAAGUUUUAAUCCAACUGUAUCUUUCAAAGACCGAGCUGAUCAGUCAUUAGCAAUAGAAAACCAUCAUGCAAGAUUUUUGCCUAGUGCUAUUUUCCCACAAGUUAAUGGAGCUGUUUGUAAUCCAAACGAGGGUGAACAAAGUAGUCCAAUCAUUGAGCAAGCCCUGGAAACAGCAGGACUUCCAAACUUGUUUGAGAACUCUGGAAUCCUGCAGCAGGCAUUCCAAAAUCCCUGUGGCCCCUAUCAAACAAGUGCACAUAUGCCAGAAAGCACAGUCAUACAGCAUACAGGGAAAGCUAUUAAAUUGGAGUCGGAGGUUGCAGAAAUUCCAUUGAUCCAUGAAACUAGGAAUGAAUUAACGACCUGUGCUGCAAAUCAUUUUGUAAAGGCAGAAGAGCCUGAAUUUUGUGCUGAUAUCUUCUCUGACUCUGUUCUGUCACAGAUGUUGGCAGAACAUAAUUCACAGAUCUCCUUGAAUAAUCUUGGAGCAGCUCAUUUAAAUCAGAUACUGAGAACUGAUUGUCAGUCAAUGAAGGUAGAAGGAAAUGGAGAGCCUCAAAUGAAUGCAAAUGACAAUUUACUGGCUGCAAUAGCCAAUCUCACACAACACUUUAUGGCUAAUCAGGUGUUGCAAAUACCAGCGGCUGAUCCCCAGCAUUUAGUAACAAACCGGUGCAACCCACAGGAUUCUGCUCCAAAAAUAAAGAAUGUAAAGAAAAAAUUACGUGCUCAGUUAUUGGAAAAACCUAAUGAUUUAUCACGAAAAUCAUCAGGUCCAGCACAAGAUAUAAAUUUACAGGGAAAUGGUCACUUGCAAAAAUUAUCAUCAAACUUCCCACAAACUUCAGAGGCCAAGCACGGUUCAGCAUUUUCAAAGAUACAGGGUAUGACAGAAUCUGACAAUAGAGAUGACACAAAUGGCUUGCUGAGUGAUACUACACAAACAGAGAAAUUAAACUGCGAGUUAAAUGCACCCUUAUCGGGACAGACUUCAUCUAAUGCCCCAGACACAACCUUGAGUAAUUCUUGUGAUUCUCAAAAAGAAGACGAAAAAAUAAUGGAAAUUCUAACAGCUUUACAGAGAUUAAACCUAGAAAAGGAAAAUACCACUGAUGACAGUCCUGCUGUGAAUAGCUGCUCUGUCACUAGUAUGCUUAACUGUAAUGCUGUUGUGUUAAAUGAACGCCCAGCAGCCCAGCAUCCCGAUUCCACAGUAACAAAUGAAGCUCCACCUUUGGAAAGCCCUAGUAAACCGUUUGUGUGUGAGAAUGAAGGUUGUCCUUAUAGUGCUAUGACAAAAGAUGCAUUGUAUAAGCACUAUUACAAAGUGCAUAAUUACACUGAAGACAUGAUGAAUGAAAUCAGGCAAAUCCAACUCAAGUUUGCUCCCUUUCGAUGUCACAUUUGCAAGAAGACAUUUACACGAAACUCGAACCUCAGAGCACAUUUUCAGACCGUGCAUCGCUUGACGCAGAACAAAAUGGUCCAGUUGAAAAUUAAACGACCAUACACCAAAAAAUCUCGACCUGAAAAAACUGCUACCAACAAACGGCCAUGCAUGGUGGAUGGUCAACAAGAAGAAUUUGGUUCAGAACCUGCAGAAAGCACACUAGCCCAUGAGAAGUUGAAGCCCAUUGAAGGCAAUUCAGAGAAAGGUAUCCAUCCAGCAGUUAAAGAGUCAUUUAAAGUGUCUACCCAAGUUUCAUGCUCUUUGCAGGAUGCACCUAAUGGACAAACUUCAGAAAAUAUUUCUAAUUCUGUAUUGGAGCAACCUACAUCAGGACAGCCUACAGCUCCGCAACCUUCAGCAGAGUAUCCUACAGUAGAUCUACCAUUAGCUGAACAACCUGCUGCACAACCCCCUAUAGUGGGCCAGUCUGUAGCAGGACAGCCCCCAGUGGGAUUGCCUGGAACUGCUCAGUCUGUAGCAGGACAGCCCCCAGUUGGAUUGCCUGGAACUGCUCAGUCUGUAGCAGGACAGCCCCCAGUUGGAUUGCCUGGAACUGCUCAGUCUGUAGCAGGACAGCCCCCAGUGGGAUUGCCUGGAACUGCUCAGUCUGUAGCAGGACAGCCCCCAGUGGGAUUGCCUGGAAGUGCUCAGUCUGAAGCAGGACAGCCCCCAGUGGGAUUGCCUGGAAGUGCUCAGUCUGUAGCAGGACAGCCCCCAGUGGGAUUGCUUGGAAGUGCUCAGUCUGAAGCAGGACAGCCCCCAGUGGGAUUGCCUGGAAGUGCUCGGUCUGUAGCAGGACAGCCCCCAGUGGGAUUGCCUGGAAGUGCUCAGUCUGUAGCAGGACAGCCCCCAGUGGGAUUGCCUGGAAGUGCUCAGUCUGUAGGAGGACAGCCCCCAGUGGGAUUGCCUGGAAGUGCUCAGUCUGUAGCAGGACAGCCCCCAGUGGGAUUGCCUGGAAGUGCUCAGUCUGAAACUGAACAACCUGUAACAACUCCGUCUGUAGCUGAACAACCUGCAACGACUCGGUCUGUAGCUGAACAACCUGCAACGACUCGGUCUGUAGCUGAACAACCUGCAACGACUCGGUCUGUAGCUGAACAACCUGUAACGACUCAGUCUGUAGCUGAACAACCUGUAAUGACUCAGUCACUAGCUUGCCUACCUAUAGUGGGACAGCCCACAGUGGAAUUGCCGAUGACGGGACUGACUAUAGCUGGACCACCUCCGAUGGAGCUGCCUGUUUCAGGACACACUGCUACAGGAUUUCCUCUCCCUGGACCCCCUUUACCAGGAGAGCCUGCAACAGGGAAGGUUAAAAAGCCUAAAGGUCCAAAACCUAAGGUAUCAAAGCCUAAGGUUGAAAAACUUAAAGUGGAGAAGCCUAAAAAGCAACCAAAACCGGAAGUAAAAAAGCAAAAGAAGCCAGCUGCAAAUACAAGUGAGGCAUCUCACAGCUACAGUCCAUACCGGCCAUACCGUUGCGUUCACCAGGGCUGCUUUGCAGCUUUUACAAUACAGCAAAACCUGAUUCUGCAUUACAGGGCUGUGCAUCAGUCAGACCUGCCUACGUUUGAACAGGAUAAUGAAGAAGAAUCAGCCGAGAUCAAAGAAGACUUGGUGGAGGAGAUGAACCAGAUCACAGAGUUCAGAUGCCAAGUUAAAGAUUGCUCUAGAAUAUUCCAAGAAGUACCUAGCCUUUUGCAGCAUUAUACACAGCUUCACGAGUUCAGUCUGGAAAAAGCUGGGAGCCUACUGUCGGAUAUGAACCUGGGAAGAUUUCGGUGUGACCAGCCAGAGUGCAAGGCUUCAUUUACAGCAUUUUGGAAGUAUAUUGGUCAUCUUGAAGUGGAUCAUGAACCAGAGAAACUCAUUAAUAAUGAUGGGGAGGAAGGCGUGUUCAGGUGUGACUGUGAGGGCUGUGAUUGUGUUUAUGCCACUAGAUCCAACCUCUUACGCCACCUCUUUAGAAAACACAGAGACAGCCACAAAUCCCAUUUAAUUAGACCUAGAAAAAAAAUGGACAGCCAGGAAAGUUGUUCAGUAAAUGGAGACCCAUCCAAAAAGUCAAAAUCUGCUGGAGGUAAAGGAGACAACGAAAAAGAGAACUGGCAAAAUAAUAAGAAAUCAAAAAUCAGUAGCGCAGAGAGAAAGAAGAAAAAGAAUGAUGCAAAUAAAACCGUCUGGAUAAAAAGCAAAAAAACACCUUCUUUAAAAACAAAUGAUGAAGCUUUGGCAAUGUGUACAAAAAAAUUCUCUCUGCAAUACCCAUGCAUGAUAAAAGGUUGUCUGUCUGUUGUCCGCAGUGAACGCAAUAUGUUUAGACACUACAAAACUCACAGGCUGACUGAUGCGUUCCUACUGCAGCAAGGCAGUGACUUUAUCAUUUGCAAGGAGCGUUCACGUCCCUUAAAAAAAUCAAAGUCUACUGGAGAUGAUGGAGAGAAAUCUCAGGAAGAUCAAUCUGAGAAUUCAGAGGAAGACUUGGCAGACACCUACCCUGAAUUAAGUGAAACAGAAAGUUCACGUUUAACCUCUGAAAAGGAUGAAGUUGCAGAACACUCAAAACCUUUCAAGAAAAAACGUUCAGCUGGUGAAUGUUCUGUACCCAAGCCAGUCUGGAGAAGAAAGCGGACGAUUAGACAAGCCUUUCCUGAUUCCGUUCCCUUGAUCAAGCGCAAGAGAGGGAGACCUCCACUGAAGAGAAAGAGCAAAGAAGCCGUGCAGAUCAGAAUAAAAAACAGACGAGUGAGAAAAUUGAAACCAGAAUUAUAUAAUCAAAGCAGUCCGUGUAGUGGCUCUGAAUCGGCAACUUCUUCCUGCACAGUUCCAGUUCAAAAGGAGCAACAGCACAACAAUAUUGACUUCAGUACAUUUAAGCCAAUGGGAUUUGAAGUGUCCUUUCUCAAAUUCUUGGAAGAAUCUGCAGAUCAACCGAAGAGGAAAGCAAAGGAAAAUCCUCUCUCUGAAAUUGCCUCAAAAAGAAAGACAUCCUUUCCCCCAAAAUCUGGAAGUCUGGAUUGUAGUAAAUCUGAUUUGCACAUUAGGACUACAGGUUGUCAUAACCUUAUUGACUUUCAAAACCCUUUGAAUCUCCAGUCUGUAGAGAAUGUAAAGAUUGUUUUGGAUAGGACCUUUUCUGAAGGGGGUGAGCUUUUGCUUAAGCAGCUUCAGGAAAUGCGACCAGCAGUUGUGCUUGAAAAAUGGUAGUACAGUUAAGGGUAAGAUAUUAGCAAAAAAUUGUUCCGUUAACAAAUGAAGCAUAGUACUCAGGAUUACUCUCUUUUUAUUGCAAGGAACAGUUGGGCUGCAGACCGGGACUUUUUUUAAAUUAUUGUAUGCAUAACUAAACUAUGAAUAUAUAGCUCCUGUCAAUGAUACCCCAAUUGUUUGUCUUUCAAACAUCACAAAAAACAUCUGUCAUUUUAAAUGGCAUAUAAAAUGAUUUUAAGAUUUUGUAAGCUCACAAAACUUUUCAAGGGUUUAGAUGAUGCCUUUUAAUUGGCUCUUUUAUCAGAUGUGCUGUAAACCAGAACUAUGCUAAUCUGUUGUGUAGAAAAUUCAAACUUAACUGUAGAGCAUGUUUGUACCAUGAAGCUUUUCUUAUGUCACGUUAAGUUGCCUUUGCAGAAAAAAAAAAAUAUAUAUAUAUAAUAAAAUUCAUGAUACCAGUCAUGUAAACUUCAAUAUAUCCCCAUGGGACAUUUUGCUGCAAAACUUAUGUAAAAAUUAGACAGAUUUUCUUGUUUCUUCCAUCGCUGAAAGUGUUGUGUUAUAGUCUGUGAUAUUUGGUUGAUCUCUCUCUUGUUCACUUACCAUGUAAAUUGUAAGUUGUAGAUAUCUUUUGUGUAUAUAUUUGUUCUUUGAAAACUGUUAGUCAAAACUAUUAAAUUCACAGUUUUUAUAAUGUUCUUCUGUA